GGCGGGGGCAGGACUAACUUAACAUGGACAGGUAGAGAUGCGGGGGAAACAAUACAAUCUGUCACUUCUUAUAAUUUAGCGCUAUAAUGACAAGGGAAGAAACUAUGCCAUUGGAAUAAAGAGGGAUUUUACUGAGCACUGGGGAACACUAUUUUCCGCUAAUACAAAUAGCCUCGAGCCUUCAGGAAAACCGAAUUAGAUGAUGUAGAAGCGACAUCACAACCGGAAAACGGAUUUGUUGCAAAUGCAAGGAGUCUGACGCAGUAGCCUACAAUAUCUUACAACAAUUUGAAAGAAACAACAGAAGACGUAACAAUGGCUAUGCAUUUAUAUCAAGUUAGUAGUAUGUUACUAGAAAAUACAGUCGGGAAAAUGAGUGACAACUUGACAUCAGUGGUCCUUGCAGUGUUUGUGAUCACCCUAACUUUGGGAUAUAUUUCUAAACUGGUGCUCAAACAGUCACAAUCUUCUUCAGACACUGACAAGGUAUGUACAUGAAGAAUACAUCAGUUGAGUUACAUUAUAUAUUACAUUAUUAUUAGGGCUGCUACAGUGAAUUUUACAGUAUCAUGGCGCAUUCAUAGCCUGUUCAAAAUCAAUUGACUUGUGUAUUUUAUUCUUGUAACUAAAUGAGUUUUUAUUUUCUCAGAAAUACCCACCAUACAUACCUUCUAGCAUUCCAUUUCUGGGUCAUGCCAUAGCAUUUGGGAAAAGUCCCAUUGAAUUUCUGGAGAAUGCAUAUGAAAAGGUAAGAAUACAGUACUGCUGUAAAGUAUACUUCAUAUAUUUUAGUGCUACCUAUUUUUGUUUACAAAUUGUGCACUAAUAAAUUGCAUUCACUUUGCAAUAAUUUAUUUCAUAUACAGCUUUUGUUGCUCUACCUUACUGGUGUAUAGUGCCAUGUGAAAGUGCCCUUUAUAGUAGGUUAAUUUUCUUUCUAUUCACAGUAUGGGCCUGUUGUCAGCUUUACCAUGGUGGGCAAAACCUUUACCUACCUUCUGGGUAGUGAGGCAGCCACACUGAUGUUCAACAGCAAGAACGAAGAGCUCAAUGCAGAGGAUGUCUAUUCUCGAUUGACCACGCCAGUUUUUGGCAAAGGGGUUGCCUACGAUGUACCUAACCAUGUAAGCGAAUAAAUACUUACUCAGAUACUCCCAUUCACACUCACAAAUGUAGAGAGAAUGUAGAGAGAAUGUUACCACACAUAAAGAAGUGUUGCCAGAAGUGUGUUGGUCUUAUGUUUCAUCUCAUAAACCUAUCAUAAACUAAGUAUUGAUUAAGCUAAUUAAGUCUAAUUAUGCCGCUCGUUUUCUUUUUUAGAUCUUCCUGGAACAGAAGAAGAUGUUUAAGACAGGACUGAACAUCGCCCAUUUCAAACAGCACGUUGAAAUCAUCGAGGAGGAAACUAAGGAGUACUUUUCACGAUGGGGAGACAGUGGGGAAGAAAGUAAGAUGACAGCGCCAUUACAACCGUUCUGAGUUUUUACAGUAUUCCAUGUGGAAAGUAAUCCAAAUGCCCAGUUCCAAAUCGACCCCUAGCCCCUACGGUAGCUACUUCAUGUAGACCUAAAAGGAUUGAAAAGCCAAAAGCAGAAUGAUACAUUUCCCACUUGGCCUAUUUGAGGGCAAAGUUGAAUUAUUAAUACAGUAUAACGUUACUUAGCCAAUCCUUUCAGACCUAUAAGAAGAGCUCAGGGGGUAGGGACUUGGGUGAAGUACAGUGGACUUUAGGUGUCAGCACAGUGUCAACUUUUCAGAAAAUGAGCCAUUCAGCAUAAUUUCCCAUCAACACAUUCUCUAGUAAUACCUCAUGAUAACAAAAUCAAAUAAAAGUUUAUUGGUCGCGUACACAGAUUUGCAGAUGUUAUCGCAAGUGCAGUGAAAGCUUGUGUUUCUAGCUCCAACAGUGCAGUAAUACCUAAACUAUACACACAUAAUCAAUGUGUUGUAACGACUGUAAUACAGUUUGAACCUUGCCAUCCAUUUUAAGAUAGUUACUUUUUUUUCUGUAAAAGGUAGGGUAGCGAUAUGACAUUACCAAAAGUAGCGUUUAACAGAGCGACUCCUGACACGAACAAAGAGAGUAAGAAGCAAGAGGCUAAUCUAGUCAAUAUUUGUUGUCAUGUACUGUAGCUAUUAUGUUGCUCAAGAGAGCAGUGAUCUCCCAUGCACAUGCACAGAUGCUUAACGGGUUGCUAAUGACUGCAGCCUUUUGCUUCACACUCUUGAUAGAAUCUGUUUGGAACGCGUCGCUGUUUAUGAACACGUCAUAUAUUUUGUUACACGCCAUAACAUUUGAGCCAUAGCGCAGUCAUAAAGUUAUCCAGUCAGCAAUUCUGACCUCUGUUCUCUCUCACUCUUUCAUUCACUAUUUCCAUCGAUCUCCAUCUCUCCCUUUCACUCCUUCCUAACGCCCCAUCUCUUCCACUCCUCCCUCUCUCAGACCUGUUUGAGGCCCUGUCGGAGCUGAUCAUCCUGACAGCCAGUGCCUGUCUGCAUGGGAAGGAGAUCCGCAGCAUGUUGGAUGAGAAGGUGGCCCAGCUCUACGCAGACCUGGACGGGGGCUUCAGCCACGCUGCCUGGCUGCUGCCCGGCUGGCUGCCCCUGCCCAGUUUCAGGUAAGAGAAAGACUUCAUUCAUACUGUCCUGUCCUCAACCAAGGGUCAAUUCAAACUGUUCCACCUUCAGGUUAGGUUUUUUUGUGUGAAAGACCAAGCUAGACUGAGUUACCAGAACGGUUGCUGGAAAUGAUGAUUCAUGAAACUUCAUUCACGGUUCUAACCUCAGGUUAGGGUUUUGAUUGAUAGACUGAGUUGGACUUUUUGUGUAUGGGUGGUCCUCUGUAGCUCAGCUGGUAGAGCAUGGCGCUUGUAACGCCAGGGUAGUGGGUUCGAUCCCCGGGACCACCCAUACACAAAAAUGUAUGCACGCAUGACUGUAAGUUGCUUUGCAUAAAAGCGUCUGCUAAAUGGCAUAUUAUUAUUUAUUAUUAAUUAUUCUUACUGUAUUAAUUCUGUAAUAGCAAUAUGAGAAUAUCUUAUUUCUAUAGGGCAAGAAAAAACACAGGUUUUGUCAUUUUUGUACAGACGAAGGGACAGAGCACACAGGGAGAUCAAGAACAUCUUCUACAAGGUCACCCAGAAACGCAGAAGCUCUGGAGAGAAAGUGGACGACAUGCUGCAGACCCUUAUAGAUGCCACCUACAAGUAAGACAUAAGUGGAACAGAUGCCAGUAUUACUACAUGUGGUACAAGUAUCUAUGCCUCCCAACAGAACUGAAGUGAAAGGCAUUUGGUUCAAAGGUGUUCUACAACUGUUGUACCAUUUGACUGAUUCAGUCCUAACUAUUUCUGCCCUUUUUAAGGGAUGGGCAGCCCCUGAAUGAUGAUGAGAUAGCGGGCAUGCUGAUUGGUCUACUCCUGGCCGGACAGCACACAUCCUCCACCACUAGUUCCUGGUUGGGCUUCUUCCUGGGCAAAGAUAAGGCCCUACAGGACCGCUGCUAUGCUGAACAGAAAACUACAUGUGGAGAAGACCUGCCCCCACUCAACUUUGACCAGGUCAGAAUCCAUAACUGGCAUAUUGCCAACUGCACAAAAAUGGCCAUAGACUACACUACGGCUUUGUUGUUGAAAAUAUGAAUUAUGUUUUUAUACUGGCUUACAAAUGUGUUAAGACUAUAUUCACAUAAUCAAUUAUAUUACAUAUAGGUACAUACAUUUUUAUGAAUUAUUUUGUUGAAACUUAUUUAGAUCCGUUUAUUUUUGACCAUAUUCCAAUUAAACGGGGUAAUUUGGAUAUUGUAUGUAAGCAACUUCAGUUAGAAACCUUCUUUCUAGACUGCUAAACCAUAAGUUCAGCUAUUCAUUUGGACAGUUUUGAUCAUUUCAAUAUUUGACAUGGUCUUUACUUACCUGGUCUUGUUCACUCCUCAGCUGAAGGACCUGUCUUUGUUGGACCGCUGUUUGAAAGAGACCCUUCGACUCCGUCCACCCAUCAUGACCAUGAUGAGAAUGGCACGCUCUCCUCAGGUAAGAUCAAUAUCAUUAUUUGUUGUGCAGUUACCAAUGUCCAUUAAGUUAUUCCUACUACCGUCAUAGAGAUUUUACAAAUCCAUUAGAAUAUCAGUAAAUUGAAAACUUUUUGCACACUGAAUUUGACGGCGAGAAAUGGGAAUAAUGUAAUUUGUCCAAAUACAUUUAUUUAUUUACAUUGAAAUGGAAUGGAGCCCCAACCCAGCUAAAUGCAUUUGUGUACAAUAGGUGAGAGACCAUUGACCAACCCUGACCCUUUGCUUCAAUCCACCCCCAGACUGUAGCAGGCUACACCAUCCCAGCCGGCCACCAGGUGUGUGUGUCCCCGACAGUCAACCACCGUCUGCAGGACACCUGGACAGAGAGGAUGGAGUUUAGGCCUGACCGCUACCUUAACGACAACCCUGCCGCAGGGGAGAAAUUUGCCUAUGUGCCCUUUGGAGCCGGUAAGAAUAUUUUGUAGUUUUUUCAUCCCUAUUAACAGCAUGUUAUAAGUAAGGUGAUCUGCAGUCUUUAAGAAGUGUCAAAGAAUAUACACAAUGGUAGGGGAAACAUCUGUCAUACAGUAUGCAUUUUCAUUCGUAAAUAAGUAGACAAAAAAGCUGUAUUUUGUCAGUAGGUGGGGCUCUUGCUCAACAUAUGAACUUUACUCCCAUUACUACCAUACCAAGCUGUCUCAUGCCACAAAGUUUCAUCUGAUUUUACCCUCAUUACCAUGACAAAAAAAAACCCCACUGAUGUUCACUGUCCUCUAGGCCGUCACCGCUGCAUCGGGGAGAACUUUGCCUACGUUCAGAUCAAGACCAUCUGGUCGACCAUGCUGCGCCUUUACGAGUUCGACCUGGUCGAUGGUUACUUCCCCACAAUCAACUACACAACCAUGAUCCACACCCCACACAACCCCAUCAUCAGAUACAAGAGGAGGCAACACUAAGAGACACUGAGCGCAAAACACAGCAGAGAAGAGGUUACACCAUUUCAAUUUCAAGAAAAUAGGUAGCCAUUUCAGAUUUGCCACAACAAACAACCUUACCUUUAACUGUUUGAUUUAGAGAUCAUUCCUGUACUUGAAUUUAGGAACUGUUCAAAUGAAUGCACAGAGUUCUGUCUGAAAAUCAAAUUCACUUUACUUUGUGUUGCCCCCACCUUAUGUUUGCGGUGUUUUUGAGUUGCUAGAAUGUAUUGUAAGCCACAGGAGGCUGGUGAGGGGAGGACGGCUCAUAGUAAUGGCUGGAAUGGAGUAGAAUGGAAUAGAGUCAAACACAUGGAAACCACUUGUUUGAUGUGAGACCAUUCCACUUGUUCAGUUCCUGCCAUUACUAUGAGCCCGUCCUCUGAUUUAACGGGACACCAGCCACCACUGAUGUAAGCCUACACAGAAAUAUUAAAACCACUGAUCCUUAUCCAUUGCUUCAUAGAGAUCAGUGAUCAAACUGACGAGCACUGACUUUGUAUGUACUGUCCAUUCAUAAUUGUACAAAGAUAGAGGACCUGGGCUGGGUCAGACAAAGAAAACGGACUUGAAACAGGGAGGGAGAACCUGCACUUGCUCAACAAGAGACACAUUUUCUGUUGUGUGCUCUAAUAAACAUGACUUAGUGUAUUGAGUGGGAAUGUUGGAAGGUCAGGGUGUAGUUUAACCCAUGUAGUGCCAUGAUGAUGGAAAAUGAUUACCCCAUUUUGUUUCGAUUAAUUUUACUGUUUGAAGCCUAAUUUUGUGAACAUUGGCCCCUUUUAUAUACAAAUCAUAUCUAAGAUGAUGCCAUGUGAAUUCCAGGAGGCGAAAUCUCAUGUCCAAUUUGUCUUUACACCAUAAUUGCAUUGACUGUGCAUUUCCCCCAUACCAGAUUCACAUUUUAGCUUUUUUGUUUUACAACAGAACUAAUUAAAUGUGUACCUGUAAAAUCUAAUUGUAUGUGUCAGUGAAGCUGAAUUCAAAAAAUGGUGCGACCACAUAUUUCAAGUGUUAAAAUGCAUCUUUAUUUAAAUGUUGGACAAAAUACCCAGAAUAGUCAGAAGCUCCUACCUUUACAAAAAUAUGUCUUCUACAAAUUGUAGUCUGUCCAAGAAACCAUUCUAUAAAACACAGUGUAGUGUAUAUAGAUCCUGUAGCAGCCUCCUCAACAGUAAAGUCAAACAUUCUCCAUGUCAGAGUUCUCCCAAUUCCCGUUCUGGAGAGCUACUGGGUGUGCAGGCUUUUGUUCCAGC